AUGUCAACAAAGCACUUCUUCCAUGAAUAUGAGGGAUUAGUGGUCAAGUCCCUCCGAGGACUUUGUCAUACAAACCCUUCACUCUCACUGAUUCCGCAGCACAAAGUCAUUUUCAAUCCAUCUCAUAACACCUCUAAAGUCUCAAUUGUUUCUGGAGGUGGUAGCGGGCACGAACCCGCAUGGUCAGGGUAUGUCGGAGAAGGGAUGCUAGCGGCAGCUGUUAAUGGCGACAUUUUUGGAAGCCCCAGCGCCGCGCAAGUGAUGGCCGGAAUCAAUAGUGUCAAGAGCGACAAAGGCACAAUUUUGGUAAUAACAAAUUAUACCGGCGAUAAGCUACAUUUCGGACUAGCAUGCGAAAAAGCCAGAGCAAAAGGGCUAGAAGUCGCAGUUCUAGCGGUUACAGAUGAUGUCGCCCUUGGGAGGAAACGAGCCGGAAUGGUCGGUAGAAGAGGCCUAGCAGGAAAUAUACUCGGCCUCAAGAUUUUGGGAGCGGCAUCGGAAACAGAUUAUUCAUUCGACGAAUGUCUUUCUGUCGGGCGAGCCGUCAAUUCGAACCUCGUCACUGUAGGGGCUUCGCUUGAUCAUUGUCAUGUUCUUGGACGAAUAAAUCACGAGAGAGUACCCGAUGACGUCUGUGUGCUGGGUAUGGGUAUUCAUAAUGAACCCGGCUUGCAACAUUUAUCACCAUUACCCUCACCAGAAUCUUUGAUCGAGCAAAUGCUAAAAUUCCUCCUCGACCCGGAAGAUGAAGAUAGAGCCUUUCUUAAAUUCAAACAGGGAGAUGACAUUGCCUUGCUUGUAAACAACUUUGGCGGAACCAGUUUGCUCGAGUUACAGGCCCUCACAAAUGAGGCUAUAGUCCAACUAGGAAACUCUUGGUCAAUUUUUCCGGUGCGAACAUUCUCCGGAACUUUCGAGACUUCUUUGAAUGGACCCGGUUUCUCUAUUUCCCUAUUAAACAUCUCAGGAACUGCCCGAGAGCAUAAGACAUCGGCAGAAGGAAUUCUUCGACUGUUAGAUCUCCCAACUGAUGCUCCCGCGUGGCCACGAGUGAACUACAAAUUCGCAGAAACUGCCAAAACUGCAACCAAUGGCGUUAUGAGUGGUGCCGAUAAAAAUGGCCUUUCUAAAGACCACAUAACUGGUGACCGGCAGCUUGAUUCAUCGCUCUUGUAUCACUCCAUAAAACUGGCUUGUGAGCGGGCCAUCGCAUCUGAGCCCGAGCUCACAAAGUGGGACAUGGAAAUGGGUGAUGGUGAUUGCGGAGAGAGUGUCAAGGCUGUCUGUCAAUCUAUUUUGCAAUCAUUUCCGGACACUCCUGACACUUCACUGGUUUCCCUUCUAUCGUUGCUCGGAACCUCCAUUGAUGCAAUGGGCGGGACUCUCGGUGCGAUCUUUGGCAUAUUUUUAGCAAGCCUUACUGCUUCAAUACGAAGACAGCCAGAAAAUACAGAUAUUAAUGAGCUUUUUGCCAACUCAGUCUAUGAUGCCCUCCAAGGUCUGAUGAGCCAUAGUGGGGCCAGAGUCGGAGAUAGAACAGUUAUGGAUACACUUAUUCCAUUUUGCGAAACUUACAAGAGUUCUGGUAGUUUCCCCAAGGCUGUGAAGGCAGGUGCAGAUGGCGCUGAAGGAACAAGGGGGAUGAAAGCAAGAUUUGGAAGAGCGACAUACGUAAAGGGGCGAGAGGGGUACGUAGAGCCGCCAGACCCGGGCGCUUGGGCAGUCAGAGAAAUGCUUCUGGGCGUUUUAGAGGUCGUCCAAACUCAGUUUUGA